AUGGGAACGAAAAUAUCAAGACAACAUCAUCGAACAGCUCUUGCACGUGAUAAUAUUCCCCCGACUGCUAAAAUAUCUUUAGAACAAGAAAAGUUACAUAAUCAUUUAGCAACAAAAAAACAUUGUCAUGAUCCAAAUAUUCAAAAAGAAGCACUUAAAUAUAAGAAAAAAAAUAAGACAUCAUCAUCGCAAAAUUCAAGCAGGGUUCAUUCAGAUUCGACAGCAAGUUUCGAUCAUAUAUCUUCUUCAAAAUUGAAAAGAAAGAAAAUUCCAUAUAAUUCUCAACUUGAUUUUAUUGAUUCAAAAGAUUUAAAAUAUGUUCGUGAAAUUGGUAAGGGUACUUUUGGUACUGUGCAUCGUGCUUUAUACAAAGGCACUUAUGAUGUUGCAUUAAAAACAUUAAAUAUUCAAGAUGAAAAUCCUAAUAGAAGUUCUAUAUAUGAUGAUGAUGAUGAUGAAUAUAUGUACGUAAUACGUCAACAAGCAAGUGUAAUGAUACGCUUAAGACAUGCAAAUCUUUUACGUAUAAUUGGUGUAACAUUUUUUGAAAGCCAACAAUCAAGUUGGAUAACAGAUUUUAUGAGAAAUGGUUCAUUAUUAGAUUAUUUUAAAAUCAAAUUUAUAUUAUGUAUCAAAAAAACUUAA